AUGAAGCUUCUCGUGACGGGUUUCGUCACUUUGGUAGGGACGGCACAGGCGAUGAAUCUCCGGCCGAAUUUGGGUAUCCUCGCAACAGGCGGUCCAUACGCAACUAUCGUCGAUGUACAUAAGGGGACAGCUUGCCUGCUAGACGAGUCCCGUGCUGGCAGCGAGCUAGUCCCGCCGCAGUGCGGUUGCUCGUUUAAACGUUUGGCUGCCAUGAAAGAGAAGUGCGCAGCACUGUCGUCGACUGCCACGUCACAGGAAGCUGAAGAAUGCGCCACCAUCCCUUGCGAAAUUUGUUGUGUUAUGAGGAGCGCCGCCAUCCCUAUUGCUGGAGAGGACCGUACCCAUCUGGAGUGCAAGAAAAAGUGCCCCAACUCGGAGGAAAUUCUACCAGUUACCGAGGACGUGUCUAUUCCAGUGUUCCGAGCUGCGAUGGACCUCACUGACGUUUUCUACGCGCCAAGUGAAGUGCAACCCGAGAUAACUGUAGCCCCCUCGACUCCGCAAGCAUAUCCUGCAGUCCCCCCCUCACUCUCCAUUGCGAUGCAUCCUGCCUCCACCGAAACAACCUAUCCGCUGCGAACCCUUCCGUCCGAGGAGGACUUGGCGACUGUUGCACCCAUUUCGCCUCAGCAACUGGAUUCAAUAUCCAGGGCGCAUAAUGCUGCUAUUGAGCAGAAUCCAUAG